AUGGCGCAUCCACAAAUGAUGCAGAUGAGUGAAACUGAAAUUUCCGCCAAAACAAUGAGAAAGCUGAAAAUAUUAUCCACCGUUGGAUUUGGGCGUGGGCCGUGGAGUGUGGACGGGCCUGUUGAAGUAAUGAUCCAUAGGGACCUACCCCAUAUCAGCGGUACAAGCAGCAAGUCUCCGGACCGAAUCAAACAGCUUAUUGAAAACGACAAUGCAAGACAGAAAAUUAUGCAGCAUCGGCUCAGUAGAGGAAGGAUGGCCACUGAGGUUGAUCGGAGCGAUGAGGUUCUAAUGCCAAAAUAUGCUAGUCUUGCGGCGAUUCCAAUGCGUUCUGCCGCAGAUUAUGGGAUGGGGCAGUAUUUCGUUUCAUUUCGAGUUGGAACUCCGCCGCAGAAGUUUGUGUUGAUUGCUGAUACAGGGAGCGAUGUAACUUGGAUGAACUGUCAUUACGCUUGUACACAAUCUGUGUGUCCAGACAAGCGUCCAAAUAUUGGCAGGAUCUUUCAUGCUCGGCAGUCCCCUUCUUUCAAGACGAUUCCAUGCUCAUCUGAUACUUGCAAGAUUGACCUUGCCAGAUCAUUUUCCUUGACGAAAUGUCAUCAACCAGAUGCCCCCUGCGCAUAUGAUUACAGAUAUGCAGAUGGUUCGAGCUCCAUGGGGUUCUUUGGCACUGAGACCGUCACAGUUGGGCUGCACAAUCGUCACAAGGUAAGAUUGCAUGAUGUGUUGAUCGGUUGUACUCAAUGGAUGAACGGGACCUUCCAUGACAGCGACGGGGUCAUGGGAUUAGGCUACAAUACACACUCAUUUGCUGUCAAAGUAGCUGAGAAAUUUGGGAACAUGUUCUCUUACUGCCUGGUUGAUCACUUGAGUUUUAGCAAUGUUUCCAACUUUCUCAGUUUUGGACGUCCAAAAGAAGGACCAUUUGAAAAAAUGAAAUACACAGAACUUCUCCUAGGCGUCGUCGAUCCAUUCUACGCUGUAAAGCUCAGCGGUAUCUCCAUAGGCGGCGAAAUGUUAAACAUCCCACCUGAAGUAUGGGAAGUUGACGUUGAAAGGGGUACCAUACUCGAUUCUGGUUCAAGCUUGACAAUGUUAACCUAUCCUGCCUACGAUACCGUCAUGGCCGCGUUUGAGGUCAGGUUAACAAAAAUCGAGAGGAAGAAGCUUGUUAAUGGGCCUCCAUUGGAAUUCUGCUUUGAAAGUGAAGGAUAUUGGAAGAAGAAAUUUCCAAAGUUUGCAUUUCAUUUUGUGAACGGGGCUCAGUUUAAAGCACCAGUGAAGAACUAUGUUUUUGAGGUCGCUCCAGGCGUGUCGUGUCUCGGUUUUCUUCCGACUCCUGGACACACUGUGAUUGGUAAUAUUAUGCAGCAGAAUCAUCUAUGGGAGUUUGAUCUUGCAAACAACAGGUUGGGAUUUAUGCGUUCUACUUGCACAUAUACUUCUUUAGUGAAAGAUACUGCUAAAGCCUAG